AUGGAACGCAUCUCUCGCAGCAUCUGCGUCGAUCACCGCCAACUCGCCCUCACCUACCGCCAGCUGGUCGACGCCGCUGACGACGACGAGCUGACCCGCUACCAGAACCAGCUCACCUGGCAGUUGGCCCGCCACGUCGUCGGCGAAGAAGUCGUGCUCUUUCCGGCCCUAGACCAGCAUCUUCGCGACGGCGAUGCGGCGGGUGACCGACACCAGCAUCGGACGCACCGAGUUCUUUGCGCCGACCCGAGCGCAUCCCUCGUUCCCUGA